GAGGAGAGAGAGAGAGACGCUCCAAUGAGAAAAGUUUACUUGUUCUCUGAACAGUCCCCCCUCCGUCCCCCCCAUCAACACAGCUGAGGGCAUUGAUGUGAACGCAAGUCGCUUUCAGUUUUUUACGCGCACUUCUUUCCCCCCUCAUCUCUCACCCUCACACACGGAGCACCUAAUCCACCUUCGCACCUUUAGUUUUUUUGUCUUUUUUUUUUUUAAAGAGCGCGGUCUGUGUUUUCUUUUCUCCAGCAUUUCUUUUUUUAAAAAAAUCCCUUCUCUUUAAUGAAUGAUUCCGUGUACUCCCGAACCGAACUCGGAUAGCUCGCCCGCGCGACCUCACCUCGGCACAUCAUCUCCGCUGAAGUUCAGACGCCACCGGGACUUUUCACCGCAGCUUCAGACGCACUUCUUACAGGGGGGGAAACAUCACUCGACCUGAUUUUUCUGCCCAGCCACAGCCGAAGCGACCUUCAACAUGAGUCUGAAAGCUGACUCUGAGCCGAAUAACAACGUUUCCAUCGAGGAGGAGGUACGAACUCUGUUUGUCAGCGGCCUACCAGUUGACAUUAAACCACGGGAACUUUACCUUCUUUUCAGACCUUUUAAGGGUUAUGAAGGGUCACUGAUUAAGUUAACAUCAAAACAGCCUGUCGGGUUUGUAACUUUCGACAGUCGCUCUGGAGCCGAAGCUGCAAAAAACGCUCUGAAUGGUAUCCGUUUUGAUCCCGAAAGUCCCCAGACCCUGCGCUUAGAGUUUGCUAAAGCCAACACGAAGAUGGCAAAGAGUAAGCUGAUGGCCACACCGAACCCCACAAAUAUCCACCCCGCUCUAGGAGCACACUUCAUUGCACGGGACCCAUAUGAUCUGACAGGGGCAGCACUGAUCCCAGCAUCACCAGAUGCCUGGACUCCAUACCCGCUCUACACCACGGAGCUGACUCCAGGCCUCCCACACGCAGCCUUCACCUACCCGGCAGCUGCUGCCGCCGCUGCAGCGCUCCACGCCCAGGUGAGGGAGCAACCGAUGCGCUGGUACCCUACUCCCUCUGAGACUUCCCAGCCUGGAUGGAAGUCCCGGCAGUUUUGUUAGAUAUUUAGCCACUGGGAACCACACCUUUCUCCACCUGAAGUGAGGUUUGCCAUGCUCUUCAUUUAAUUUAAUCCCAUUUAUUUAAUGGACAAAUGUGCAUUAUUAUAAACAGUAUUUAUAUCUCCUUCCAGUUGUCUCUGGGGGGAGUUGGAGUUAAAACAAUCUUGCUGUCGACAAUCUGAACUUAUCCUUGGCAACUACUGCGGUACCGUUAGCACUUCAGAAUAACGUAGAACUCAUGCAAACCCAGUCAGACUCCAUGGAUCCUACCUGCUGAGGAAAACUGAAGUUACUGUUAAGCUAGUCCUUCCAUGGGUUGCCGCUGCUCCUGGGAGGUUUAGAGGCGUUAAAUCAUUGCAUGUUAGUCUUUUUGGCAUGAACUUAAAGUGCAGAUUCCUGUGUAUCCUAAUUUUCUUAGUGUUUGUGUUGCCAUUUGGCCUAGACAGCAAAACGUUUUGCUUUUCUUCCUGUAGAUCCUUGGUCUCUUACCUCUGUGUAAGCUAGGCUGUUGUGUAAAUGGCUUAUCUCGCAUGGACCCUGUGAAUGCAUCCCUUCGUUUGAACAAUCCUUGGCUUCUUUAUCAAUGUGUGUCAUUAUUUGAGCAAAGGAAAGUGCAAAAUUUUUUUUGUGCUUUUUUGCGUAAUGUAUAUUUAUGCAUUUUUUGUGCAACUAAAUAAUGAACCUAUAUAAGUUGGAUGUUUAGUCGUCUCCUGUGUUUGGUGUUAAUUUUUGAUCCUAUAUCCUGUUGAAGUAGUUAAAAAGUGCAAUUUGUUUAAAGGGGACAUUGGAAUUGGCUUGUGCCAUUCUGCUAAAAUGAGAUUGUUUUACGGCAAUCUUUCAGAAUGUGAAACUGGACUAAAAAUGUAAAGGGUUGCUUUUUUUGGAAGGGGGAGGGUUUUGGGGGGAAGGGGGCAUUUUGAAAUGUUUAGCAGGAUUAGACUGAAGGAAUUUAGUUUGUGGUUUAGACAAUGUUUGUCCUUGUAUCUGCUGUGCAUAAGAUGUAAAAAAAAAAAUGUAAACAAACUCCCAUCUUAUGAAUAAAAGAAGUGAAUGCAUU